CUAAACUUGAUUAGUACAUAUAGUACAUAUGAACAUUUAACACACGCACAUUACGUUCAGUCGAUCAAUAAUCAUUCUUCAACGAAGGUGUGAGUCAUAUUUAUAUCGUUAUGUUGUUUAAGUUCCAGUUGCUGACUGUAGGAAUUUUGGUAUUCCUAUGCACAUUAAAUGAUUGUAAUGGACAAUCACCGGAUCCUAUAAAUAAAAUAACAGGAGUCGUUAAAAAUGCAGUGUCAGACGUUAAAGAUUCUACCACAUCGAUAUUGCACAAUGUUAAAAAUGUAUGCGAAAAGAUUGGUGAUUGCGCUAGACAAAGUGGGACCAAAGUAGUAAACAAAACUGUUUCGAUAACAAAAGAAUCACUACAAAAUGGAGCCACUGUGGUUAACAAAACUAUUACGACGACCAAAGAGACACUUAAAAAAAUCCCAUUACAAUCUAUUGAAGAAAUAAUAAAAAAAGCUAAAUGUGUGAUACCCAAGAAUGCAGAUAACGUCCUUAGAGCUGCAUUACUUCAGCAGUGUAUUUCACCCAGUCUAGGCUUUGGGAACGAAUCUAGAUGUUUUGAUGAACUUGGUUGUUUCCCAAUGGAAUAUCCUUGGACUUCAAAUCUAAGACCUUUUCCACAACCUAUGAAACCAGAAGAAGUAGAAGUAAAAAUUUAUUUGUUUACUAGAAAACAAAGUAAUCGAUACACUGUACAAUUAUGGCCAAAUAUUUUACUAGAAGAAUCAGACUUCGAUCCCGAGAGGCCAUUUACUGUUUUUAUAAUACAUGGAUUUAAUAGUGAUGGAGAAAAUCAAUGGAUGGCCGCUCUUAAAAAUGCAUACUUAAAACAACGUGAUGCAAAUGUGUUCUUAGUCGAUUGGGGAAAGGGUUCAAUGCAAUUUAAUUAUUUACAAGUUGCUUCAAAUACAAGAAUUGUUGGGGCCGAAUUAAUAAGGUUUGGAAAAUAUCUCAUUGAUCGUUAUCAAUUGGAUCCACUGAAAAUCCACGUAAUGGGCCAUAGUUUGGGUGCUCAUAUAUCCUCAUAUUUUGGUAAAGGUAUUCAUGGCGUGAAUCGAAUAACAGCAUUUGACCCAGCACAACCAGGAUUUGAAGGUUGUCCGAAGGAAGUAAGAUUAGAUAAAUCAGAUGCUCAUUUUGUUGAUGUUAUACAUACUAGCUGUAGACCCACAGUUCCAUUUUUAGGUUUUGGACUUAUCACUCCCGUAGGUCACGUGGACAUUUAUAUGAAUGGUGGUUUCAUACAACCUGGAUGUACUCUACCUCCAAUAAAUGAAGUAAAAUUAACGAGUAUUGCGGAUUUAGCUGCUGUUCCUGCAGAUGUACUAGGAACUUGGGUUGCUUGCUCACAUGGAAGAUCGUUUUUGUAUUUCAUAGAAUCAUUAGAGGACAAUUGUACGUUCUGGGCUCAGAAAAUAAAAUUAUUUUCCGCUAUUACUAGUGCUGCUACCGUCGGUCAACUUCAGCCUUUAUUGAUGAAUAUCGACAAAUGCCAAUUUAAUGAAUGCGUACCAUUAGGCUUAGAUACUGAUCGGUAUCCAGGUAGAGGAGUUUUUAUUGCAGGAACUGCAUUUUUUGAACCUUAUUGUAAGAGCAAUUUGGAAACAGAUCGGAUAAUGCGGAAGGCAUUCAAAAAUUUAAAAUGACAAUUUGGAAUACAUCAUGUAAUAUAGGUAAAUAAGCUGUAAUUCUGUACAUAGAAUCAUAGCCGGAGCUAUAGCGUUAUUUUAUUCAAAUCACUCAGUAUUGUACACAAUGUUCAACGCAGUAUAAAAACAAUUUACAAGUAUAUGACCUGGGAAGUCUACAAAAUAUUUAUAAGAGAGCAAAAUAUAUUCCAGGAUACAAAAAUAAAUUUAUAAAAUGAUUAGUAUAAAUUACGUUUGUUGUUAA